AGCAAGUCUUCACUGUCGUGGGAGAAGUGGUCUCAGCAAUAGUGUAGAACCACUCUUAUCUAUUUCUUCAGCCUCUUUUCGUUUUAGAUUCUCACGACAGUGAUAAGUAGAUAAAGUAUAAAAACAUUUAAAAUGAAGCUCUCUCCGGUCUGGCACAACUAUGCGUAUUUGAAGAAUCAGCAGACUGUACAGAAAGUUGCAGUUCAAACUGCCCUUGAAGAGGCUGACGAGAGGAGCACAAGGGGCCACUCCGUUCUGCGUAGAGGGACGUACGGUACCACCCCUAGACGUGUCUUCAGCGACGCCUUUUCCCCCGAGUAUAUACCACGAAGGCUUGGAUACGAAUCAACUGCAGAGGAGUACGCUCUUGGCAGUGCCGUCUCUAGCGCUACAUCUUAUUCUGACGCUUCCCUGUUCGACACCUACGACACUGCCAACAAGUCACGAGGGCGGGACCAGGCACUUCUGCAAAACGCCACAGCAGCCAUCCCCCCGUCGACAUACUCGCCGCUGAUGGCCUCGCCUAGCCGGACAGCCAGCGCCCUUCCCGGGAGGCGUUUUCUGUCACAACCGUUCACUCGUUCCUUCUCCCCCGACAUUGUUGACACGCCGGUGUCAUCGAGUAAGACAAGUUACUCUCUCCCCACCUCACACCUUCAAGCCAGCGCACCUCCUCGACCAAAUGUAACUCCCACCGUCAGUAAAUACAGUAGGAACACUAGGUUAGGCCAAACCGCCAGUAGGAUAGCGUCUCUCAAAAGCACUUACGGUAGUGGUUCUUCAGAUGUGUUGCCAGAGAGUUCAACCACUCGGCUUCUAGGAGGGUACAUUCCUCGCACUCUGUACCGCUCUGGAUCUCCCCUUCGUAGUGGCACGGCCUCUCCCCUUUAUGAAUCGCCGUAUCUUGGCUCGAAGAGGCCUACCUACAAAUUAGUAUAUGACAGCGGAUCUACUACACCCACAUAUAGACCAUCGGAAUAUACAGAGACCACAAAGCUGCUCGGGGGGUAUGUGCCACCCAGGCUUGCCUACAGGGAUGUCAGCGUGUCACCAUAUGUUAGUGGCACCGCUUCCCCUGUGUACCCGUCCUACAGGUCCAGAACUGGAACCAGGUUGCUAAGUGGGUACAUCCCCUCCAGACGUCUGGCGCUGUCACCGUCAGUGUCCCCCUAUGCUAGCGGCACCCAGACGCCGGUCACAUACACGGCCGGCGCCCCUCUGACUACAUAUGACAAUUAUUAUGUGAAUGAACCUGUUGUAUACCCAGAAGCGACCAUCGCGAAACGUCGGCCAAAGGUCUUGGGGACCAAGAUACGAGUUGGCAACUACAUGGACAGACUUAGAAGAAAGCGGGCAGGACAAAAGGGAUCAUCAAAAUACUGGCCUUACUAUAACGUAGACGACAUCACGUCAGAGGUAGGUGAUGUCCUCAGCGAGACGGACUCAAUACCAGAAUACUAUGCUAUAGGCAGUGCAAGCCACUGGGACGACGAGGGAGCUGUUGGGGGAAUGUACACAAGCUACGGGGAUAAUGGGGACAGGUAUCAGGAUAGUUACAUGGACGAACCUGAUGAUUACGUACCCUUCAGACCGAGAAGGCGGCUUGAGUCGCCCGGUGUUCUAGAACUCGCCCCCUAUGAUGACACUCCCCCAGCACCGGAGCUCCCACUAGUGUCCAAAAUCCCAUAUGUUCCCAAAAUCAGCUCAGAUUAUGGUUCAAAGGCAAGUGACUUGUACUUAAAUUCCAUUGUGUCGUCAUCCGCUUCUCGUGCAAGGACUGCUUUCAAAAACAAUGGCUUUGGCAACUAUGACAAUGCGAGCUUAGUGCUAAGCGUGGAAGGAGAUGUGGUCUCCCCAAAUACUGGUGGCAGAUAUGGAUUUAAAUACUACCACCCUCCAGUUCCACUUGUAGGCUCAGGACUGGGAUCAAGCGUACUUGGCCUACCCUCGCCAAGUUCCUCAACAGGGGACAGUUUCCUUGGGACCUAUUUGAACAAGCUGCGCGAUAUUCGUGCAGAUUUCCGCGGUAGACUUGAAAGUAGUGUUUCACCAAGAAGAACGGUACCAUCUGCAUACAGAGAGAUCGGAACUUACACUCCUAGCAAGCCGACAGAUACCUUCCUCCCAUACACAUCCUUCAGAAAACGCCUUCAGGGGGGCGCAACGCAACGUGUUGACGUCAUUGAGCUUCCUGUCAGCGAGCGUGUGUUGCCCUCGGAGACGCUGUCUCUCACUCUCCCUGAAACGGCUUCUGCGAAUGACAAGGACAAACGUGACAGUUAUAAGCUUACUGUUCUUGAUAAGAUCAAAAUCAAGGCCGCAAUUGUUGCAAGCAAAGUUGAAGUUGAACCCAGGAGGAAACGGCCACGUUCUAAGUUCGCCGCAGAAAAAUUGCGAACUUCUCGUGCAAGAGGCGAGUUACCUCAAUUAGAACUGGGGGAAAGAUCAAACAAAGUGGAUCCUUCUUUAGAUCUCCCCCAAUUGAGACGAUCAUUGUUACUGCAGGAAAAUGUGUACAGCCAGCCAACCUCUGGACUCACCGCUUCCAGACCACCCAUGAGAUACGAUGACCUGGCACAGAUGCGCACCUCGAGGGCAUUGCCCCUCCCAUCAGACAGGAGAGCUAUUCGAGAUGUGGAGGGAUUCACCAAACCUAGGAACCUUCUGUCCUGGCAGUACCGUCUGGAUUCCCGUAUGGACCCCUCUGAUCUUAUCUACAAGCCAGGAUCAUUCUCGCGCAUGCGAGAGCAAGUGCGUGAGGCCCAUGACAAGAUGGACCGCCACCGUCAAAUGCUUGACCGCUACUUGACCGAGAGUGGCCAGCCCCGAGACAUACAGGGAAGUGUUCAGCGCAAGAUGGAGGAGCUCGAGCGUCGUGACCCUUCUUACAGAGGCCCGGUGAGUGUCAGCAGCGAUCGCCUGUCGGUAUACAAACCCUCUCCCCGUGUGGUCAGCCAAUACGGUAUGCCCCCAAAACAGCCCGUCUCCGAACUGAGGAGGAGAUUGAGGCGCACGGUGUGUAGGAGCAGAGGCGAACCCAACUAUUACAGGGACCGGGAGUAAAGCCACGUGCAACACACGUGUCUAGUCCCUUCGGGAGGAAGAAGUAUUAGAGUGAAGUAGGGCGUCCCAGUCAAGUUGGCGUCUGGUCCGGGGGCAUGCCAGACUGUUACUUUCAUCGAAGCAUCGAUUGGAGAUUUUGUACAUUUUGUUUCGAUUAGAAAAGCUUUUCUUCCGGUUUUGGUACAAAUAUUUUACUAUCCCACGUUACAGCGUAUGCUUUAUGGUGACUUUGUUAAUGCGUCUCACUCUGCGAACUCAAUCAGCUUCUAUUGCUGAAACUGUGCCUUGCUGAAACAGAAUCGAAUGCUGAAAGAUUUUUAAUACGAGGCCAUAAAGCGCGCACUUGCUGUACAUGUGUAUGUCCAAAAUGUUGACAAAAGUAAGGGAUAUUUCAUAUUUGUUAUUUAUUUGCAUAUAUUUUAUUUAAAGGCUAACUUAAAGCAUUUGGUUGUUAUAACAAGUGUUAUAUUCGCAACAGCUCGGCAUAAAAAAGGGUUUGGAAGUCAACCGAGGGAAGAAACCGAUUCACGUGUGAUUUCCUAUUCCUCACUGCCAAUACGAUUUUUAUCCCAAUAUAUUUUCUUCCAUUGUACAUAAAUUGAUAUACACUAUUAAUUAGUAACAGCUCAGAAUAACUACCGAAAGGAAAGAGAAAGGAACAACGGCCACACCGGAAUAUACUUCUUCAUUCGUGGUUCAUUUUAUGAGUCUGGAAAUCUGAAUUGUUGCGAACUGGCUCCAGUUUAAAAUGAGGCCCAAACUGGUUACAUUUAAAUUUCAAACUGCCUCACAAACCAGUUUCGGUGCGAGUGUGGCCACGGCAAAGUGAUGGGAAAACGUGUUGAAAAGACUGAAAAGCGUUUACUAAAAAGUGUUGAAGAAAAUUUGAAAAUAUUUACUUGACAUUUCAAGUCCAUUCAUUGCUGUACAGAACGGACUAUGAGCUUUCAGAGCGGUGUGUUGUUCUCUGCGUGUUCAAGUAUAUAUGGUCCCUCUAGCGCCACUGUUGAAACAGCUCUUGUAAUUAAAAACUUCAUUAAACUACCCGC